AGGCGGGAGCAGCCUGGCGCGGCAGCUCGCCGGCCCCAGACCAGCGGAAACGCCUCCGUUUUUCAAAACAAAGAGGAGAGGCGGGAGGCGUGUGCGGUGCGCAGGGCUGAGACUUCCUCGGGUUGGUCCCUCAGGCACGAACGCUUCAGCAUCUUUGGGUGACAAUGGAGGGAAGCAUGGGGGGCGGCCGGCGCUCGGGGUCCGAUGGCCUCCGGUGGCCUUCGAAGACCAUGCCGGCCAUGGAGGAGCUGCAGAGCCGCUUGCAGGAGACCCUGGACCUGCUGUCCCCGCAAGAGCUGCGCAGCUUCCGUCGCAUCCUCAAGACGGUGGACGAGGAGCCGCGCGUGAGCCCGCUGCAGCUGGAGCUGGAGGGCGGCAGCGCGUCGGGGCUGGCCAGCCUGCUCGCCAAGCACUACUACCUGCCGGCCGCGCCGCGCGUCCUCGCCAAGGUGCUGCAGCAGCUGCGCCGCGCCGACCUGCUGGCCCGCUGGCAGAAUGCCGCCGCCGCCGCGGACGACUACGGCCCGGUGAUUCCAAGAAAGGUUCCCAAGAGAAGCUAUGAUUGUGUGGAUGGUGAAUUGGACCGUUAUGACCUGAGUGGCAGGCGGAAGGCCUUCCUCAUGUGUGUGAAGAGGAACAGGCCCGGGGCUCAGCACGACGUCAUGCUGAUGAAGGAAUGGCUUGGCCAGUGCCAGUUCGAACAUACAUCCUGCAUCGAUCCUGACAAAAUGGAGUUACUUGGAAAAAUAACAUCAUUUCGUGAUGGACUAAAUGAAAUUAAAGAUGAAAUUGGCUGCUGUCUUGUUACUCUGAUGUCCCAUGGAGAAAAUGGCUUUAUUAAAAUGAAAGAUGAUGAAAGAGUCAGCCUGGAAGACAUUUUUGAAAUGUUUAACAAUAAAAAUUGUCCAGCACUUCAAGAGAAACCAAAAAUCUUUAUAAUCCAGGCCUGCAGAGGAGAGAAAAGAGAUAGUGGUGUCGAAACGGAUGAUGAACCAAUGGACUCUGACGACAUAUCAGAGAAGAGGAGGCUGCCUACAUUCAGUGAUUAUUUCAUCAUCUAUCCCACCCAGGCAGACCAUGUCGCUUUACGGCAUCCCCGCACUGGCUCCGUGAUGAUCGAAGCAAUGGCUGAAGUCUUUAAACAGCAUGGAAACAGGUGGCACAUUGCUGACUUUUUCACCAGAGUGAAUAACAGAGUGGUGCACACUGAAUUUCAUCUACGUGAGGAACCAAUAAAAGUAUCACUUGUAAUGGAAUCAACUUUAACUAAAUCGGUGUACUUUUGACAUCAGGAAGAUUUCGAAAAUGACUGCAUUAUAACAGACUGUAAAGAGCCGUGGGCGUUUGACCUCUAGUACGAAUGGUUAUCGUUUUGAAUUAUGACUGUCACCAGUACUUCUCCAUUUUGUUUUUUAUAUAUAUGUUACUUUUGUAAGGUUUAACUGUGCUUAUUUGAUACUUGUAAAUAAUUUGACUUUUUUUUUUUAAAAGAUCACUGUUUUCUGA